AGAGUCACAACAAAGUAGGCGUUCACUUAUAUUUUACAGACAUUAACGACUUGGUAAAAGUGAGUUUAGUAGUUUCAGCGUAUUUUACUGGAGUAAAAUCAAGUCUGUGAUCAGAGGUGAAGGGAGGAGCCUAAAGUUACGCCCACCUAUGGCUUAAAAGCCCCAACUGAAGACUGUGUGUUCACGUUCAGCUUUGACUGAAAGACCGACAGAGCUGCUGCUACCGCUGGAUUGUUCUUGGAAUACAAUCAUGAAAUUGCUUCAGGAUUCAGAGGACGCCAAGGCCAAAAGGAAGAGUCUCAAACCUCAGGUGGAGAGACGUCGAAGAGAGAGAAUGAACCGCAGCCUGGAGAGCCUAAAGACUCUUUUGCUACAGCCACAGGAAGCGACUCAGCGCAGAGUGGAGAAAGCUGAGAUACUUGAGCACACAGUCCACUUCCUACAGAACCCUGCCAGAGGAGACAACACGAGAGCUGGAGGUGGUGGUGGAGGAGGCCAGAAACACUCCUUCCAAGACGGUUUCUCCACCUGCAUGCAGAGAGCUGCACACUUCCUGGGACCUGAAGGGAAAGGCCUGUGGCUUGGAGCAGCACUGGAUGCAUCUUUUGCUGCUCGCUUUCCCCGUUCAGACUCUGAUCCUGCAGGCCUUCGAAGGAGGACUGAAGCUCAUUCCCCCUCCAGCUCUCUGCUUCUCAGAAGGUCCUCCAGGUCCAUUCUUCAGUUGCUGAUACACAGGUCCAGGCACAGAUUGUGCACACCUGCCCCCACUGUGGCCAGUUGUGUUCAGACCCGAGGAGAAUCACAUCGCUCCCCCACAACUCCCCAGCAGCUCCACAAAGUUGCGAGUCAAGCGAGCAAACAGAGCCCGUCUCAGAGCCAGCCGGUCAGCCAGUCACUGUGGAGGCCCUGGCCCUGAUCACCACGCAGUGACUUCAGAAACUGAACUUUUAAUGACUAUAUCAUGCGGAUUGAUAUUCAUACAGCAGCAUGUGGUGUUCAUUUGACUUUCUACAAGGACAUUUUCAGUGCAGCGUAUUGAACACGGGCCUCCUGCUUUCUGUAAAGUCUGAUAAAUUUGUAGAUAUUGUAAAUUUAUUACGAUCACACCAAGUGCUGCUACAGCCUUUACAGGCCAACUCGUGUUAAUUGUGUCAUUUAUGAAGUAUUUUUGCACCUUAAUUUAUUUUAUUUGUCAUUUGUAAAUAAACAAAAGGAAAGAUCACUAAACAAUG